AUGAGGUUGGAAUCUCAGGGCGGCGGGAGUCCGGAGGAUGACGAGCAGGUCAGGAGGGCGAGGGCGUUCGAGGCGGCGCAACAUGCGCAGAGUUGGAAGGAGGCGAUUCGGAGGAAUCCCAAGGCACUUUUGUGGUGUGCGUAUUCGUUGUUUACGUGUAUUAUGUGGGGGUAUGAUGGGCUUGCUAGUUCGAUUGUUCUUGCGAUAGAUCGAUUUCGACAGGAUUAUGGGGACGAGUUUGAGGGCCAGUAUGUCGUGCCUGCUAUCUGGCAGUUGGCGCUGGGUGGUGCGAGUUUGUUUGGAUUGCUGUUUGGUGGUAUCAUCGCGGGGUAUGGUGCCAAGAAGUGGGGGAGGCAGUUCUUCAUGUUCAUGUCGUACAUGCUGAGCGUUGCUGGUGUUUUUCUCCAAUGGUUCUCGUCACCAGGGAAUCUUCCACUUCUCUUCGGCGGCAAGGUUCUCACUGGUAUCCCCCUCGGUGUCUUCAUCACUAUUGCACCAACAUACUGUGCUGAAAUUGCACCUUUCGCUCUUCGAGGAGCUACGACUGCUGCUGUCAAUUGGAGUAUCGUCUUCGGUCAGUGUCUCGCAUAUGUUGUGAUGCGUCAAACCCAAUACUUCGACAACGCAAACUCGUACCGUAUUCUAUUCGCCGUACAAUGGAUCUUCGCCGGCAUCGCACUAAUGAUCCUCCCUUUCUUCCCCGAAUCACCAUACUGUCUUGUCGCCCAAGGCCGAAUCGACAAAGCGAUGAAGAACACGAGACGACUUCACGAUGCGAACUUCGAUACAGAGGGUUUCAUCGCUUCGAUCAAAGUCGAUUUAGAGACUCAGGCUAAGACCCAGAGGGAGGCGAGCUUCAGGGAAUGUUUCCAAGGAAAGAACACAUUCAGGACGUUGAUUGCCAUGAGUACUUUCUUUAUCCAAAGCGUCAGUGGAAUGAGCUGGAUUAUUGGGUACAUGGCGUAUUUCCUGGAACUUGGAGGAUUGAGUACCGGCGCGGCCUUCAAUGCUACGGUUGGACUGUCAUUUGUUAUGUUGGUCGGGAAUAUGGUUGGAUGGGUGUUUGUCGAGAGGUAUGGGAGAAGAGGGACUGCUCUUUAUGGAGCGAUCAUCCUCUCGGCAGCACUAUUCAUGAUCGGUAUCACCGCCAGCAUUCCUUCCAAAUCCGCAAUCUGGGCUCAAGUCUUCUUCAUGGCCAUCUGGUCCUUCACCUACCAAUCCACCAUCGGGUCCGUGGCAUGGGCCAUCGUCGCCGAAGUCUCGAAAUCUUCUCUACGCUCCCACACCCAAUCUCUCGCAACCGUCACCAACGGCCUCGUCGGCGCCGUCUCAGGUGUUCUCUUACCAUUCGCUAUGAACCCCAAUGACGCGGAUCUAGGAGGCAAGAUUGCUUUCAUCUAUGGAGGGAUAUUAGGAGUUAGCUGUAUAGGCAUUUGGAUGUACUAUCCCGAGACGAAGGGGAGGACGUUCAAGGAAAUUGACAGGUUAUUUGAGAUGGGGGUGCCGCCGAGGGAGUUUGCGGGUAUGAGGUUGGAAGAGGAAUGA